GCUGGAGCCAACGUGAACCAGGUGGACUUUGCCGGGUUCUCUGCGCUGCAUAGGGCGGCAUUCCAAGGGAAACUUAAAGUAGUGGAGCUGCUGAUUCAGGCAGGAGCGAACGUGAACCUGCAGGAGUCAGGAGGACGCACGCCUCUGCAUCAGGCUGCCGCGCAGGGGCAUCUAGACGUAGUGGAAAAGCUGAUCCAAUGUGGAGCUGAUGCCAAGAUCAAAGACUUUCCCAUGCCGAUCGAUGUACCUGCUCCUCCUCCUGCUCCUGCUCCUGCUCCUACCCCUCCCCUGCCCGCUCCGUUCCUGACCUGA